AUGUUGCUGCAGAAGCACUUGCAGGGCGCCAAGAGCAUCCGCAUCACCCAGGUCGAGCUCGAGCCGCGUCCAGCCGUGACGGCCUUCAAGUACGACAAGAAUCCCAUGUUGGAGACCAUCUUUGCCGUGGCUGUUCUUGGAUGCCUCUGGAACUGCGGUUUUGUCGUCCAAGCAACUCGUACCGUCUUAUCCAACUUGGGCAAGGUGAGCGAUGGCAUGGACAUUCUGUUGACCGUUCUCUGGGUGGCUUCCGUGCCCGGCAUGGUCACGUCGUAUGUCUACUCAAAGGACAACUUUACCAUUUCCAAAGGCAAAAAAUUUGAUCAUGUAAGAGUGGCUGCCAUGUGGUCGACCGUUCUUGGUUUCCUUCCCCAGUUCUACAUUGUCAUGCACUCCGCUACUCGUUGGUCCUGCAUUGGCGGCCGUACAAACUACGUGGUAUAG